CAAAAAAAUGUCUCUACGAUGCUUGAUGUUGCUCGUCAUCUGUGUUGUGUUCAUCACCGCAGAAGCUGUUUCAGGUGAAGGAGUGAAAAAUGUAUUUGGUGAAGUCGGUGGUAGAGUGUCUUUUCGUCCAGCCAGCUUAAAUCCUCCUGUCAGCAGCAUUAUAUGGAAACACAGAAACAGCAUUGGACCUGUUGUAAAAGCGAUUGAAUGGGAUGAAGAUGGUUUUAACACCCCGAAUCAGAUAUUCAAAGGCAUCACAACUCUUGAUAAGGAGACUGGACAAAUCACUAUAACUGAUUUAAAUUUCGAACAUAGUGGACUUUAUACCAUCGACGUCAACAGUAAAGAACAGGAACAAAGAUUCAACUUGAAAGUGUUGGCGGCGCUCCCCAAACCUGAGAUAAAAAUAGAGAAGAUUGAAAUCAACCCUAAUGCUGUGUAUUUAAUGUGCGAGUACAGUGAAACGAUCAUCUGGAAGAAUUCUGCUGGAGAAACCCUGAAGGGCUCACCCCAGAGUCCGAAAGGAGAACUUCUCAAAGUUGAAAAACAAGGAAAUCCAGAUGUCUUCUACACAUGCACGCUCAAGAAUGCAGUGAGAGAGAGCACCAGUGAUCCGGUCUAUGAGAGAGAUCUGUUUGAAGCGGCGCUCCCCAAACCUGAGAUAAAAAUAGACAAGAUUGAAAUCAACCCUAAUGCUGUGUAUUUAAUGUGCGAGUACAGUGAAAUGAUCAUCUGGAAGAAUUCUGCUGGAGAAACCCUGAAGGGCUCACCCCAGAGUCCGAAAGGAGAACUUCUCAAAGUUGAAAAACAAGGAAAUCCAGAGGUCUUCUACACAUGCACGCUCAAGAAUGCAGUGAGAGAGAGCACCAGUGAUCCGGUCUAUGAGAGAGAUCUGUUUGAAGAGAGUGGAUCUUGGUGGAUAGUUCUCAUCGUGCUCUUCCUAAUCUUGAUAGCCCUCCUUAUUGUUUUUGUUGUCCUGUAUAAGUUCUGGCCACAGUUUCAGAAAAUUGUUGACAGCAAUUUGAAAGGCAAACCUUGUAUAGGAGCGAUUUUGGACUGUCUGGAUGGAAAUAAGAAAAAUGAAGAUAAACCGUGCGAGGAGAGAACAGCAAAAAGUACCGGUAAGAAGAUGAAACAAGACGAAGAAAGCCCAAAAGAAGCGCUUCUGAAUGAAGGCGGGAAAGAAAGUCUGAAUUCACAAGACAUAAAAAUGUAGUGAAAAAAAACAGCUCUGCUGGGUUUGGUCAAGAAACAAACUUCAGAACGAGGACUUUUUAUCGUAUCACCUUUCGCAAGAACAGUCUUUUUUUCUUUUUCCCCCAGACAUGAGCGGUAAACUUUGACUUUGAAUGUGGAAUUAUUAUUUUUUUAAAGGCCUAGUUGUGAACUUUUCAAUAUUAUUCCCCUGCGUUCACAAAUCAUCCCUCAGUUUAAUUGCUGCACUGUGUUCACACUGCUUUUCAUCAAAUUAUCCACACUGUUUGCAUAUAAUCAGCUGAAUCUAUGUCUUGUUUGCAAUGUUUUUGGCAAUGUGUGCUAUCUGCAUUGGUUGCUUUAGUGAUGAUAUAGACUUGGUGUGGCAUCUUCGCUUAGAAGCAUGCUGGUGGUAUGACGAAAGCUUUCUGACAGGUCCAUCUUCCUUCUUGGACCUGCUAUGACACUGGUGUCCACCAGAAAGAGAAACAAACUAAAUAUGUGCAUAGACAGUGGUCACUUCAGGCGUGUUCAUCUCGAUGCAGCAGUCACAGCCAUACUACUAAUUGAAUGUGGUUGUGUGAAAAAAUCUGAUGUUGUCUGCCAGAAAAAUCAGUAUGGGUGACGUGAGAUAUGGUUGUAAAUUAUAUCGAUUCUCAUAACUGUUGAUGCAAGACACAGCAAUGACUUGAGACUGUCAAAAAAAGAUUUGGGUGCAAAUCCAUUUUUGUCAGAAAUAGUGUUUCUGGUGAUGACACGAAGCAUCCAGUGUGGACAGUAUCAUUAAUUUUAAUGUUUUUUGUGUGGCUUUUGAUGUGAAGUGCACAGUGUAGGUGGUGUAUCUGUAUAAUAAAGGGUAGAUUUUACUUACACUGGGUGCAAAAAGGUGUAUAUACUGUUUGUACCUAGUAGAAAUAGCAACAAAUAGCACUUAGUGCAGGCAAUAAUGACAAUCACACAAAGUGUGAUUAGUAUUAAUAUGCUGUUUGUUAUAAAGUUAAAUUAGGCAUUGGUGGGUUGAGUUGGUAAAAAUAGUUUUUGUUUGCGCUCAGUGUAAAUAGACAGUGCCAUAAUGAAAUUUAGAUGGCAUAAAUUGGCUGUGGAAAAGCUCUUUUACCGAGAAUAAAAAAAAACAAUCAAAUUUAAAAAAUACUAGUCAGAAUAGUUAUUCUCUAGACUGUUAACUACUGAAUGAUGAGCAGAGUGUGUAAUUUUUAUUUUCAGCAAUGUGAAAUCUGAAAAAUAAUGGCAAACAGUGCAAUACCUUGCUGAUUGCUUUAUAGUUUUGAACACAUUCUUGCACUUCCAGACAAUAACAAUUCGUUUUGUGCUACUUUGACAAAAUGUCUGUGCUAGCCGUGUUGGUCCGAAUGCUAUUCAGAUGUAUUCUAAAUGCAUCAAGUUUGUUGCAAGAAUUUGAGCGCAUUUUUAAGCUUUUAUGCUUAUGAAUUACAAUUCAAAGAAAAACAUAAAAAUGUCAUUUUAGGUCAUUUGUUGUGGUUUGUGCAAAUGUGCAAUAACUGUGUUGAUUCAGAAAUAUUCAGUUUUCUUUUUUGAAUCCAAAUGUUUUUUGCUUUUAUAUUUCCAUGUUUCAAUAUCUAUAGUAUUUUGUGUGUAUUUCAUUCUGGAAUUGCAUUCUAAGCCAUGUCUCUGGAACGAUAAUAAAUUUCCCCAUUUCAAGGCCUCCGCUUCUUUGAGCCAAAUGAGAAACUCCCGCAUUCCUUGGACUUACGUCUUAGUGUUAAGGGUGUGGUUUUGAUUCACUCAUAGUUGACUAAUGUUGUCAUAGUUUCAUUCUAUUUAGUUUAGUAUAUUCUUGUAUUAUAUUAUCACUUCUUUAUGCAGUUUUUUUUUCUAUCAAUAUUUUAUAUCUAAGGUUAUUUACAAUGUAAAGUGUAAAAUAUUCAGCUUUUUUUUUUUUUUUUAUCCCUGAAUGGUGUUAAAUAUAUAUUGCUAUGCGUUUCUUUCUUAAAAAGAGGAAAGGCAGAGAAACACUAACCCAGCAACUGUUAUAGACAUUAAAAUAGAAUCGAGGAAGUUCUCUGGUAACAGUUGUGCUCUGCUCUAAUUGUGAUUAUGAAUAUGUACAUAUGCAUGAACUCCUGAAAACUGCCUCUGCUCUUUUUGGAUCAUAAAGAUGCUUGUAACAGAUAUUGUAUUCUGCAGUGACUAUGUAGUUAGAUUUGAUUUAGUUUAGUUUAAUUUAUUUUACUAUAUUCUUUCAAUGUAUUUAGAAAGAAAGAAAUGCUUUUGCCAUUAUUUUAAGAUGUGUUUUUUGUUACCAUAUUAUGUAAUAUUCAAUUAUUGCAAUGUCUGAAAAAUGUCAACUACCAAAACUUGUAUUGGGUUUGAAUAAAGUUGCCAUUUAAGAAAUGGUGGCACAAGCAA